AUGCCGACGAGGAAACGGGCCUUGAAAGGAUGGUCAGAUAGCCACAAAAGCAAGAAUUCAAGGAUCCAAAGGAUCAAGGAUUCCACAAAAAAAGGGCGUGCCACCGGCAUGCUGAUUUCCAACGUCGGCCGUGGCCGUCCUAACGGUCGUAGAAAGGACGACUCUCCACAGCCCUCUCCGAGUGGAUUUCUAACAAAAGAAGCGGAUCGGCUUGUACCUGGCCAAGGAAUAAUAGGGUACAACUACAAAGAAAGCGAUGAGCCAGAGAUAACAAAGGAAAUCAUCACAGUUGAAGAUCAGAGCACGCCUGAAUCGAUGGGAGGUCUAGAGGAAGGGCAUACGAACGACGGCGACGACUUUUUAGCAUUCUCGGACGACCAAGGAGUUAAUGAGGAAAUGAAUAGGAGGUUUACCGAAUUCGAAGCAAACGAAGAACAAGAGCAGGAAGCACAGCGAGAGAAGCAGUUCGCCAAGGUCCCACUGCCACUACCGGACUACCCGAGUCCUUGGCUGCAGAAGCAUACAAACUGCUCGCUGGCCACGCAGUUUUCGAAAGAGAUCGUUGAUUUCGUCAAACACGUUUCUCCCACUGAAAGCGACAACAAGACUCGAGCGGACCUCGUUGCGCGGAUAAGAAGUGUUAUGAGACAGCUAUGGCCAGAUUGUCGAGCACAUGCGUUUGGGUCAUACGCCAUGGGCAUGCACCUGCCCGGAGCGGAUGUUGAUAUGGUUGUGUUGUCUAAGGAUCAGCGGCUAAACAGCCGCACACAACUGUACCGGCUGGCGGAUCGGGUUCGCAGACAUGGAUACGCCACUAAGGUCGAGGUUAUUAGCCGUGCUCGUGUGCCAAUUAUCAAGUUCAUUGAUGCCGAAACCAAAAUCCCAGUGGAUAUCUCGUUUGAACAACAAACAGCAACUAGAGCCGUGGAAAAAGUUCAACACUGGUUAUCUGAGAGCCCAGCUGUGAAGCCGCUUGCUAUGGUGCUGAAACAGUUCCUGAGACGACGUCGUCUCAGUGAUGUUUCUCAUGGGUUUUUGGGAGGGUACUCGACAAUCUGCAUGGUGGUAUCUUUUUUGAAAAACCACCCCCAAGUCUCAGCCAAUAGAAUCGAUCCCCUCGAGAACCUUGGCGUCCUAUUGUUGGAGUUUUUCAUACUCUACGGCGAAACUUUUGACUACAACACAUAUGCACUAGGCAUGACGGGGAAUAUGGAGCAUAUCUUGAAGCGGCAGUCCAUCGAUAUGCAGUCCUCCACGCCAGACUCACUCGCCAUCCAGGACCCCAAUGAUCCAGGCAAUAAUGUUGCCCGAUCGAGUUUCAAUUAUCAUGUUGUUAAAAAGGAGUUUGCACAUGCCGCAGAUCUGCUGAAGCGGAUGUUUUUUGAGUAUGAAAAGUACGAGCCGGAGGUGAGAUGUGAGAAAUCGUUCCUGGCCGCCCUGGUGAAGAGUGAUGUCAAUCUUGCACAGCCCAAUAAGCAGCCCGAAAACACGCCGAUUGACGACUAUGAUCUGAUUGUCCAGCGCAGAAGCAAGGUAAGGAACGAGAUCCACAACAUUCUUGAAAAUGUCAAGAACGAAAAGCGAGACAACCGGGCUAGGCAGCAGUUACGGGACAGGCUUCAGAUUCCUGGGUCGCCGCCGCAGGAAAAGAAACAAACUGCAAAGCUGAGCGAUGAUGAGGAUGCUGAGAACUCACAUUACAAUGUCAAGAGGAAGAAUACCAAGGACGGCCCUUCUAUUCCCCAGUUCGAGACUCUUGGAUCUAAACGAAAGAAUCAUAGCGAGGACAACAAGAAAAAGAACAAGAAGAAGAAAAAGAACAACAGCGGCAACAACAAGAAAAACAAAAAGCCCGACGACAAAUCAAAGUCAACUAGCAGUGUGCCGCCCGAAUCGCAGCAGCAGUCUAAGCCAAAACCCGCUCCAAAACACCGGUCCCAACCAAAUACCCGCAAGCAAACACCGCAUACGAAGCAGGAAGUCAAGAAAGAGCCGACAGAAGGCAGCACCAAAAAAAAUGACGUCAAAGUCCAAAACGAGAAACGGUCCCAAAAAGGCAAAACCAAGGUCAAAACCGAAUAA